AUGGAUGGUGUCAACGUGCACCCAUUUCUGCCGCUGCUAUGGGCCAGUAAAUUUGGACCUCGUCUACCUUGGCCGACUCCUGUCACUCCAGAUUUGUCUAAGACGCCCCCUACAUCUCCAGUGGACAGAAUGAUAAAGAAGGAACCACAUUGCACUUCGUUUUAUAAAGACCCAGGGAUUAAUGGUGACUUGUCCAAUGACACUCAAGACAGCAUCACUAGUCAGGGUUCUGGUGAUUUAGCUCAAUAUGGAGACAGUGACUCAGAAAAAGCGCUCAAUCUCGCCAUGGAUGAUGAUGAACCAAUUGAUGCCACAGUCCAUUCAAGUCAGGUCAAUAGAGGUAAACGCAUGUCCAAUGGUCAGACACAUAAAACAGCAGUAUCUACCUCUCAUACUAAUACAUUCUCCCAACUGCCCACAGUAGUUUCAGCUAAUACACUUUCUCCUGCUUCAGUGGUCACCACCACAACAGCAGCCGCUUUGGCAGCUGCUGCAGCAGCUGCUGGACAGCUGUCAUUAAACCAGCUAAUGGUUGCUCCUACUCAACAGUCAAUGUUAAUGCAGGCAGGACUGGCACAACAGUUUCAGAUGGGAAAGAUCCCGGUGACAUCAGGCUUGCCUGGUCUACAGCUUAAUCCACAGAAUCUUCAACAACUUCAGCAGCAGCUUCAGCAACACCAACAGAGUCUGCAGAACAUGGGUCAGUUUGUAUUCCUUCAACCUGGUCAGCUGUCUGCCAAUAUACAAGCUCAGUUCUUCCUCCAAAAUCAGGGACUUUUGAUGCAGCAGUCUUUACAGAAUCUACAACUGCAGGCAAGCCAAGCUGCUGUCUCUCUCCCUCAAGGGGUGUUAUCUCCACAGGUAGCAGCAGCAGCUGCUGCUGCCCAACAACACCUACAACAAUUGCAACAUAAUUCUCAUCCUUCCCAACCACAGCAGCAUCAGCAACCUCAAAGCACCUCAUCUCAUUCCUCAUCCCAGCCUAAGAAUGUACCUGUGGUCCCACAAGUUAAAGCCCGAGCAGCUGAACCCAGUCCCGAGGAAAUUUCAGAUUUAGAGGAGUUAGAACAGUUUGCCAAGACCUUUAAACAAAGAAGGAUCAAACUGGGCUUUACUCAAGGAGAUGUUGGUCUGGCUAUGGGAAAGUUGUAUGGAAAUGAUUUUAGUCAAACUACCAUAUCCCGGUUUGAAGCACUUAACCUCAGUUUCAAAAAUAUGUGUAAACUGAAACCACUUCUUCAGCGUUGGCUGGAGGAUGCUGAUGCUACUCUUAAUAAUCCAGCCUCUUUCACCAAUGCUCACGCCACACCAGAUGUUAUUGGAAAGAAGCGUAAGAAAAGAACCAGCAUUGAAACCAAUGUGCGGGUAAUGUUAGAGAGAGCCUUUAACCAAAUGCCCAAACCAACAUCAGAAGAAAUAACCAUGCUUGCUGAGUCACUGGCUAUGGAGAAAGAAGUAGUUCGUGUGUGGUUUUGCAACCGUCGUCAAAAAGAAAAAAGGAUAAAUCCACCAACUUCAAUGGUUGGCCCAUUUCCAACCUCAUCUCUAACCCCAACGAGUAUUUCUAUGGCUGUUGCUGCUGCAGCUGCGUCUCUUGGUGUAUCAUCAGGGUCAACCUCUGCUGGCUCUUCCCAUGGUGUCACAUCAACACCAUCAGUCAUGAGUGGUGUUCUUCCUGCCCUAACACCUAUAAGCUCUGCUCAACCUGCUACCUCAAUUGCCAUGACUCAUCCCAGUGCUCGAAGCAUGAUACUAGCUAAUCCUGUUGUUACAGUGGCACCUGCAAUCAAAACAGAAUAGAUAGAUUGUAUGUUAGAUAGGAGAACUACCUUUCAGAUUGUUAGUAGCAUGAAGUGAACUGAGAGCAGACAGUUGUUUUCUUGAAUUUUUGCCAUACUAUAGUUCCUAAAGGAAAGUGAUCAUGACAGAGCCUCACUGGGAAAGGUUUUUCCAUGUUAAUGAAUUUUAAACGGGUACAUAUAUAAUAUAUAUAUAUAUAUAGAUAUAUAUAUAUAUACACACACACAACAAAAACAUAUAUCAAGAAGAUGGGUAGUGGCUCCAGCAGUAAUGGAAACCAUCUAACAACAACAUACCUCGAAUCAUUUUGUACAUGAAAGUACAUCAUAACUAAAUACCUCAGUGUCAGACUGUGCUAGAGAAACACCUGAAUUCUGCUAUGACUCAGGGAACACUUUAUGUUAUUACACCAACAGUUUCAGACUAAAAGGAUGGCUUAGUUUGCAUUUUGUAACUCACAAAUCUACAACUAUAAUGGCUGACUCCCUUCAACUCUGGGCUUCAAAACAAAACAUAUGUAUGUGUUUUUCUGUAGGAACUCAAUCACAUAUAGAAACUUGGAAUAUUUUAAAGUAUCUAUCACAAUUUGAAUUUAAAAUUGUCAAGGAAUAAUUGCUACUAGUACCUCAUAGUUAGUAGUUUUUUUAAUCUUUUAUUUUUUCUUUUCUGUUUUUUAUCAGUGGAUGAAAUGGAACUGUAACUAAAUCAAUAUAUCUUAAUGUUUUAAAUUGUUGUAUGUACCCAGACAAAACUUUUUGUGAUUGUGAUGUAAUGUUUUUGAUGCUUUGUUUUGUAUUGUUAUAAGCUGUUAGAAAAACAAGCUUAAGCUAAUUUUUAAAGGGUAAAACUGACAUUGAAGUAUAUCUAUUAUUAUGGAACCCUCUUUCAUGAUCUGCAUAGACAUGGAAACAAUACAUUGUUAUAUUGUGACACUUGUUAUUUUAUUACAGUUUAUUCAACAUAAUGUUUUUGUCAUUGUUUGUACAUAAGUCAUUACUGAGACAUAUGUUUUCAAUGGGGUUAUAGGUUUAGAUAGUAAUGAUUUUUAUACAGUCAAAGAAAUCCCCACGUAGGUGUAGUACAUAAGAUAAACAUAGUAAUUUUUGUCUUGUGCACCAUUUUUCGUCUAUAUGUACUUUUAAAUUUGUCCUUGUCUGAUAGGUUGAUGCUUGUAGUCAGAAGAGGGUGUGUGUCUUUAGUCGAAAAGGAAUGUUACUGAGUGCUAUUAUUUAGUUCAGGGAACUGAAAUUAAUUUGUCUAAACCUGUUUUUUCAUUACAUUGUUUUCUGGUGGUAAUUAGUUGAAAGCUAUUUGUGGUAGCAAAGAUCAAAGAUAUAUCAUUAUUUUUGAGUUGUAACAUCUCAGGGUUUUAAUAUUGAUGUAUAUUAAGAUUAUAGAAGUUAGUUAAUAAUAGACAUGUUGCAGUGUUUUUUAAUUAUCAUUCUGAUACAAAUGCCAGUUAAUUUUGAAAAAGGAAAAAGAAUGAAUAAGUUUACAAUACAUACAUUAGCAUAUACUGACCUCCAGUAAAUGGUUACCUUUUAAUGUUUUUGAUAACUAGAAAGAGUUUCAUAUAACUUGGAAUGGCAAGAAGGUUUGUUGUUUUUUCUUGCACUGUAUAAUUCCAUGUGUGGUGUUUCUUAUCAAACAUGUUGCCUAAUAGUUGUCUUUGUACCUAGAUAAUACUGUGAAUACUUUAACAUAACUUCUAUCACAUUAAAUAUAAACAUUUAAAUGUUCUUCACAUACCUCAUUAGUGCAGGGAAGAAAUUUUAUUAUAUAUAUAUAAACAAUGUAUCCAUUAUCUUAACUUGUGUUAUUUUGAGGGAAAAAAAAAGAUCUCAAACUGUCCCUUUAUUAGUAGCAAACAAAAUCAAAAUAUUACAUUAUUAUAUGGUACAUUGUAAAACACUUUGCAACUAGAAAACUUAACUACUGUUAUCCACAUAAAGUGCAAUGGUUUGUUUUUAAAAGUUUGAUACUAUCUUUUAUUGCUUCUCUGCAGUGUGAAAAGCAUACCUAACUUUUUGUUGACAAGUUUGUUUGUACCAGGUAAUAUUAUAGCAUCUUACUUCUACAUAGGAGGGACAACAAUAUCAGGGGUUUUGAAGUGUCUUAAAGCCUUCCUUGUGGUGCUUGGUCAUGGUUCCUAAAGAGAAUGCAAUAUCUCAGGUUAUAAGAGCCAGGUAUCAAAUCCCAGAGAAUGAGGGAGAGGAAAAAUAUUCUAUUUUGGCGUAACAUUGUUUUAUCCCACAUUGAUAUGGGUCUGAAACCUGGCUGGUUAAGAUUACAAUGUCAUCAGUCACAGCACUCAUAUAUAUGUGUAGUUAUUCUAUGCCAGAAAUGAGUAGUAAAUGACUUGUUGGAAUAGGUGCUUUACUACAAUGGGAGUAUACCUGGUUGUAUCUUCCUAUGAACAGAGAUGGACAGUUGAUUGGUGAUGGUUGUUUUAAAUGCACAGCCUAAGUCACUGAGAAUUGGGUUCUAGAGUCUACCUCAAGCUUCUACAAAUCAAAAUUAGUGUAUUUUUUCCUGUUUUCUCUCUAAUGACCAUGAAAUUUACUGAUGACUUGAUAUAAUGUAUACAUAUAAGUUGGUGAUGUGGUAUAUGAGGAGGGAGUUUUGUUAUGUUAGUAUAGAUUCCAUUUGUGUGCAUGUAUAUUAUUCAAGCUGCCUGUGAUCGUCUUUGGGCCUGGCUCAUACCUUAUGGUUAUGUGGUUUUAUUAAAAAUAACUUUUUUCACUCAAAAAUAGUGUAAUAGGCAUUUAAAACUGUAAAAAUGCCCAUUAGAAAGUAAGCCUGCUGAUAUACUGUGAAACAUGACACAGUAUAUACAUACAUGAUACUUAUAUAUUUGAACUUUGUAUAUAAAGCUAAGCUAGCCUGCCCUUCGUAAAUCUUCCUGCAGUUCAGGUUCCCUUAUGUUUCAUGCAAGUGUUGAAAAGUUUUGAAGUGUUUGAUAUGGUUUCUUCUAACACAAUCUUCAUAUCCACUCUAGAUUCUUAAAAAAAUGUCACUCUCUCUACCUCUCUUUCUCCCUCCCAUUUUAAGCAAAUUCAGCACUAUGGAGUCAUUGGGGACUACACUUAGAGGCCUAUCCCAAACUACACCAUAUUCCGAAGUGCCAGGUUCUCUAUGUGUAACCCUUGAGACUUAGUGCAGCCUUUUUAGGUUAGAGCUAGAUAUUAGAAAGAACACUGUUUAUUGUUCAAACUCUCUUCAUCAACAGGUUGUCUCAAGACUUGUAUAUUUUUCUUAUCAUACAUACAAUUAGUAUUUGAGCUGUGUACAGAAAUUUAGAAGGAAUAUAAAUUUAGGCAGAUGAAAAAUUGUAUUGACAAAUUCUUUAUGCUAUGUAUAUUAAUGGUGGAAGAGAAAACUUGAUACUUGUAUUUUAAGACUCAGAUCAAUAUUAUGUUACAUACAGUAUUGUCUAAGCAUAGCAUCAUAGUUAUCUCCUCCAUCUGCUGGGUCUACCUCAGCCAUCAAAUUCAGGGAUUUUUAAUUCCUUUAUUAUUUUUAAUGAUGUUUUUUCAUUAUUUCUGUAUCUGCUGUUGGCAGCAAUAUGUUUAGGAGUUUAGUAGUGACAGCAGAACACUGAAAGUUGCUGUUUAUAAUGUGUCAAAACAAAACCAUAAAUAAUGGUAUGUAUACUAAACAGAUUUUUUUUAAAAAUGGGCUGCUAGUGCAUGUUGAAUUGAAUCUACACCAUAAAAAAAUGGUAGGUAUGUAUAUCAAAUAGAUCAGACAAAAAAAAAGACUUCUAAUGAUUAAUGUAUUCUACCUAGUCAAACCUACAAGUUUUGAAAUUAAAAUUUGAAUGAAAAAAAAUCACACAGGAUUACUUUAACCUUUUCUUAUUUUUCUCUGGAAUUCUAGAAUCUGGGCAUUACACAUGGUACCUGUGGCACUGUUAUAGGUUUAACAACAUUCCAUCUGUUAGUAGAAUCCUCUGCUCAUAUAUAGCGUAAUAGUGUAAGAAAUAGCUACAUGUCAUGGGAAGGGGAACUUUAAAUGCCAUUUGUGCUUUCUAGAAGAAAUCAUUGUUUUGUUUACUUUGCAUACAUGUCAUUAUUGUGUAGCCCAUAUGUCCUGAAUAAAAAAAUAUCAGAAAGAUAGAAUGGAUGAUUCUGUAGUUGGGCUGUUAUUGUGCUUAUGUUUUGUUAAAUUUGUAUUUCUUGAGGGCAAUAAAUUGAAGGCAGAUUUCUACCUGAUAA